AUGCCUCGACUACGAACAUCACGAUCGACCCCACCGCCCGAAGGAUUCGACGAGAUCGAAACCAUCCUCGAAGAAUACGACCGCAAGAUGCGCGAUGCGGAAACAGAAGACACCGAGGGCAAACGUAAAGUUGAAACACUAUGGCCCAUCAUCCAGAUCAACCAUACCCGCUCACGCUACAUCUACGACCUCUACUACAAACGCGAAGCCAUCUCACGAGAGCUGUACGACUGGCUGCUCAAGUACCAGUACGCAGAUGCAAACUUGAUAGCCAAAUGGAAGCGCACAGGCUACGAAAAGUUGUGUUGCGUCCGUUGCAUCCAGUCAAGAGACAUGAACUACCAAGGCUCGACAUGCAUCUGUCGUGUUCCGCGUGCCCAACUUCGUCCCGGGACCGUGGUGGAAUGUGUACAUUGCGGUUGCCGUGGCUGCAGCUCAUCAGAUUGA